CCGGGGGGCGAGCGAGGGCCGCUGCCGGGGACGCAGGAGCCGCACGCGCGCGCGCGCCCACUUUGCAGCAUCUUCCCAGAGCCUCUGCGACAUUUUAGUUUCUGAAAAUCAUUUUUUGGGGAGGGGGUCUGAUUGACUCCUCUCCCGCUCCCCUGUUGCCGCCUCCUCCUCCUUAAUUUUUCUUUCUUUCUUUUAAACCCCUCGCCCAUCCCUGGCUGGGUGUUUUAUCUUCUCCUGAUCUUCCUCCGUUUGGGAUCCGUGUUUGGGAACAAUAUUUUUGCCUGCGAACGUCUGUCACCGACGCCUCCUCUCCGGGCUCUUCAGAUGUUUAUGGGAGAGACCAAGAAGGGCUGUUGAAGCGAUCUCCCACCCACCCUCCUUUCCUUUUUUGAAAUACAAUUUUGGAAGGGGUGGGGGAAACAAGACAGAGCCUCUUUCUUUCUCCUGCCGAAAGGUUGGCACUGGAGGAAAUCUCUCUUCCCUGCCCCUCCCAAGAGAAAGCGAGGGAGUUUUGUUUCCCAAAACCAAUUUUAAUUUUUUCCCCUCCAGAAGAGAAUUGGUGGCUAAAGAGAGAGGAGGAAAGGAAUGAAGAUGAAGCGGCAAUUUUUGGUCGCCUUUUUCCUGGCUUUCGUCUUGCAGAAUGGGACCUGCAACGGAAUCAAGUGGUUAGCCUUGUUCAAGACUCCCACGGUCCUAGCCUUGAAUCAGACGCAGCACUGCAAGCAGCUGGAAGGGCUGGUGGUUUCGCAAGUGCAGCUGUGCCGCAGCAACCUGGAGCUGAUGCAAACCAUCAUCCAGGCGGCGCGGGAGGUGAUCAAGACGUGCCGCAAAGCCUUCUCAGACAUGCGGUGGAAUUGUUCCUCCAUUGAGCUGGCGCCCAACUACCUGCUAGAUUUGGAAAGAGGCACCAGGGAGUCAGCUUUUGUGCAUGCCCUCUCUGCUGCAGCCAUCAGCCACACCAUCGCCAGAGCCUGCACUACCGGGGACCUCCCUGGCUGCUCCUGUGGUCCCAUCCCAGGUGAGACACCUGGACCUGGGUAUCGCUGGGGAGGAUGUGCUGACAACCUCAACUAUGGUCUUGUCAUGGGGUCCAAAUUUUCAGAUGCUCCCAUGAAGAUGAAAAAAUCAGGAUCACAAGCCAAUAAGCUGAUGCAUCUGCACAACAGUGAAGUAGGGAGACAGGCCCUGAAAGCUUCCCUGGAAAUGAAAUGCAAAUGCCAUGGGGUAUCUGGUUCCUGCUCCAUCAAGACCUGCUGGAGGGGACUUCAGGAACUGAGAGACAUUGCCCUAGAUUUAAAAAACAAAUACCUUUCGGCUACGAAGGUGGUGCACCGGCCUAUGGGCACCCGCAAGCAUCUAGUCCCCAAGGAUCUUGACAUCCGCCCAGUAAAGGAGUCGGAGCUGGUUUACCUGCAAAGCUCACCUGAUUUCUGCAUGAAGAAUGAGAAAGUGGGUUCGCAUGGCACUCAAGACAGGCAAUGCAACAAAACUUCCAAUGGCAGCGACAGCUGUGAUCUCAUGUGCUGCGGCCGUGGCUACAACCCUUACAUGGACAAGGUGGUGGAGAGGUGCCACUGCAAGUACCACUGGUGCUGUUACGUCACCUGCAAAAAGUGUGAGAGGACUGUCGAGAGAUACGUGUGCAAAUGAAGGGCCUUUCUGCGCAGCUCUGCCCCUCGCCGGGCCGACGGACUGAGAAGCCCACGCCACUUUUCCCCAAACACUUUUCGGACAGGGGAAAAAUCUUCCCUGCCCUAGACAACGUUUGCCUUGCUUUUUAAAAAAUAAACAGUUAUCAGAAAGCCAUCGCAGCAUCUGAAGGAUCAGACCUUUAAACAUUGUCACCUUUGGGUAACAAGUGGAAGGCUCUCCCCGAAAUGGUCAAGAAGGCAUGACUUAAACAAACAGACGGCGUUGGUUGAUGGAUGAGAUCUCACUUGCCAAAAUAACCCAGAAGGCCAAACUCCAUUCUUACAGUGGCCAGCCGCCAUUUGUUUUUUGUUUUUUUUGCAAUACCUGGCUACAUUGAUGCCUUCUGUGUGUGCUAUGGGUGGGAAUAGGAAGUGGGGAACUGGUGUUGCCAGGAGUGGGGUAAGAAUGAUGGAAGUCAACACAGGAAAGCCUUUGUUUCUCUGUUGUAAGGAAAAGGAGACGGCCAUCCCAGAGAAAACGACAUUUGAUCUCUGACAAAGGAAAUGCUUCCUUCCUUCCUUCCUUCCUUUCUUCCUUUCUUUCUUUCUUUCUUUCUUUCUUUCUUUCUUUCUUUCUUUCUUUCUUUCUUUCUUUCUUUCGACCCCCAUCACAUUUAACUUCUUCUUUGACAAAGGUUCUCACAGUAUUUUGCCCCAUAUCAUUGCAUCUUUCUAGGGUUGACUGUAAUGGCCUGGGGCAAGCGGUUACUUUUGACAGAUGGUUACUCUAAGAAAGAGCCAGCGUGGCAUAGUGGUUAAGGUGCUGGACUACGACCUGGGAGACCAGGGUUCGAAUCCCCACACAGCCACGAAGCUCACUGGGUGACCUUGGGCCAGUCACUGCCUCUCAGCCUCAGAGGGAGGCAAUGGGAAACCCCCUCUGACUACCGCUUACCAUGAAAACCCUCUUCACGGGGUCGCCAUAAGUGGGGAUCGACUUGAAGGCAGUCCAUUUGCAUUUUUUCUCUGAGAAGUUGAUGAAGCAGCAGGAAGUGGUGGUAGGCAAGGGCCGAGCCCUGUUCCCCAACAUAAGCUCCCACUGAGGGCACUUCUAGGCUGUCACUAUUUUCAGGAUGACUGCUUGCGCGUUUGUUUCUUGCGUCCUCUUGCACGCCGCUGUGUUCCUCCUCAGAGACUCCUGCAGUUGCACCGCAUGUCCAGCAGGAGGCACCAAACCUUGUGGCUUAAUUGGUGGGAGGCGGGAGGGCAAAAACCUCACUGGAGAGACUUGGGGCACUUCCAGACUGUUGCUUGUUUCGCAGGUGGGAUUCAAUCCCGGCCCAGCAAAUUCAAGUUGCGCAAUUGCCGCUGACGUAGUGGUCUGGUGCAACAAGCACAUUUCCCCGAACGGUCUGACUUUUUGUGAAAAGGAAAGUGACAGGGAAAUGCACUCUGAGUCUGGGAUAACACUUGCUUCUCAUGGAACUUCCUUGCAAACAAAUCAGGAAGCAUGCUUAAUAAGCAGGUAGUCCCACUGUUGCCUCCCCUCCCCUCCCCUGCUUUGCAUUUUGGGCUUGGUUUUUGAAAGGACAGCCUUCACCCAGGUUUCCAGGAGCCCUGCCCAUGGCACCCUCUGGGGGCUCCCCUUGCCAGCCUGGAAGGCUCUUUCCUUUCCAUACUUUUGCUAGGGCAGCAGGCACAUUGCAAAGCAAAGCAACAGUGGAGGGUGCAGCCACAUGCCAUCUUCUUUUCACUAGAAUGCCUCUGAGCCCUAAAGAUGGCAGGUUGCUGCAACCUUGGCAUUUGCAGCACAUGCACUGUCCUAGUGAAAUGUCAGAAAGAAAGAGAACGAAAGGCAAAACAGUUGCCUGAUCAUGCUGGAUGCUGGCACCAGGCCUGGCUUCACCCCUCAAGGGACCAGUUAUUAGCCAUGAUACGCAAAUGCAGCCUCCGGAUUCAGGAGUAGUAUUUCUCGAAAUGGAAUGUGCAGGGAGGGAAUUCUGGGUUGGUACUUAGGUUGGUACAAUCUUGGGCUGGUGCUUAGGGCUCUGUUGUUAUGACCCUGAGCAGGCCGGUUUUAAAGGGCGGCCAGGUGGGGCACUGGCCCGACAGCCCCUGGAGCUACAGGGGGGCCCUCAGCCAUCCUUCCGCUCCCCUUCCGUGAUCUGCAGCCCCCCCCCACACCCCCACCUACCUGUCUGCUGUCUUUUACCAUUGCCCUUAACGAAGAUGGCGGCUGCGGUUUCCCUAAGGUACUGAAGCCCCUGCCGCCAUCUUAGUUGAUGGCAGAGACGUGUGCGCAUAGCACGCACGCGUGCCAUCAACAAAGAUGGCGGCAGAGACAUCAUCCCCUUAGGGAAACCACGGCCGCCAUCUUUGUUAAGGGCAGUGACCCUGAGCCUGGUGGUUCUUCCAUGCAGCCUUUUCCAUCCAUGGGUCUAAAACAGAUUCCAUGUCUGCAGCCCACCUGCCCCCAGUAAUUCUGCCUGCAAAGUCUGCAAAGUCUGCAAAGUUUCCUUGAAAGUUCAGAUGAAAACCUGGAGAAGAUUCACCCCCCCCCCCACUGACAUUGGAGCCACCACUUCCCACUGGUCUGCAACAUGGCAUUUGUUUGUCACAAGCAACCCACGUCAGAGCAGGGGGUGGAGAGGAGUUCACUGAAUAUCACAGUGGGCAACCCCAGUCAGUCGAGAAUGAUGGUAAAUGUCCACACCAGACGUUCAAGGAAUUGCUCAUCCCUGACCCUCAACCAGGAGCUCUCAAGCAUUAUUGUUCAAACUUCCCUAGAUGAAGGUAAAUGUGUUUCGAGUAUUCACCGCCCAGAGAGCUAUCGCUAGUCGGGCGGUAUAUAAAUUUAAUAAAUAAAAUAAUAAAUAAAUAAAUUCUCACAUGCAUGAAUUAAAAAAUAAUAAUGGGACAAUAAUGGGAUUCUUUUGUCCACCCCCGAAGAGGCGAGCAAAUUGAAUUAAAAGAGGGGAUAAAACAGCCACACAGGUGCCGUACAUACAUCAGAGGUGAGGAACCUGUGGCCCUUGAGAUGUUGUGGGAUGCCAGCUCCCAUUAGCUCCAGAUAGCAGGACCUUUGGUCAGGCACAGGGAUGUAAGAAGGCCUCGUUUUCUGUCCUGCCCUGUUGCAUGCAGCACUGUUUCCGUUCCACUGCAGUUCAUCUUCCACCCAAAACUAUGUUAUUUACGUAAAUUACAUUGUCCUUACAUUUUUCUACCCCAUUUGUUUCAACACAAAGGAAAAGCAAUGCAAAUGAGGGAAAAUGUAAUAGAUUGCAUGAUGUUUGUGUACUGAGAGCAACAACAACAGUGAAUGCCCAUUGCAUCCCCGCCGAAUUGAUUCCAGAUAUGGAAGCAUAAACGAACAUCAGCAAUCUCUGCUUCCAUUUUUGUCAAAAUUCUCUGGCAUCCCUAGUCAGGCGUGAUGGGAUUUGUAAUCUGGUAACCUCUGGGUGCUGUCAGGUUCUCCACCCCAUCAUGCAUGAUGCUUUGUGCCCCAGCGAUGGCAGUUUACCUGGAGUCAGAUAAGCAGUGCCUGCCUUGUCAACCGCGACUGCUGAUUGCACGAACCUCUCUGGGAACUUUUCCCUCAGCCUUGGGGGGACUGUUAGGACAUAGACUACUGCAGACAUGAAAAUAACCAGAUGUUGGGAUCUACAGCAAGUGCUAUGUGGAAGAGAACCACAUGAUGAUCAGGAUGAGGGAAUUUUGGAUUGAAUGCGCUCUGGUGCAGGGCCUACAUAGGUCAGGGAUGGGAAAACUGUGGCUUUCAGGAUGUUUUGGACUCCAAUUUCCUGAAAGGAUCCCUGCAUUGAGCAAGGGGGUUGGACUUGAUGGCCUUAUAGGCCCCUUCCAAUUCUACGAAUCUAUGAAAGUUCAGCUCCUUGAAAAUUCAGACUAAAACCCAGAGCGGAUUGCACUGCCCUACUGAGGUGGAGCCACUAGCUGCCACUGUCCUAGCCAGUACGGCCAAUGGCCAGGGAUGAUGGGAGUUCCACAACAUCUGGAAGGCCACAACUUUCCUAUCCUUGAGACAGACCUGCAAAGUUGAGUGUGCAGUCAGAGAACAGCUAUGAAAUCGAAAGCUGGCUCAUGAAUGUCUGCCAUGUUCUUGGGUGUUAAUUCUUAUCUGCUGAUAUCCUGAGUCUAACUCUAGUCAGUCCCAGAAGAGUGUGCAUAUGUGUGUGUGCUUGCUACAGGCUUGAGAGUCAAGACCCCUCGGAGGGAUCUGUAUAAAUCCCAGAUGCUACAGAGAGUUGUCCGUUUUCGGCAGGCCUCCUCGAAACACUGGGGGCAAGAUGCACGGUCCUGCCAGGAUCAAUACCAGCUCAGAACCACUAUCUGUUGUGGAUGUACAUAUUUUGUUUUGUAUGCGGAACAUACAGAAAUAUUUAUAAAAAUAUAUCUGAAGGUCUCCCCUCCCUGCAUUCUACUUUAUAUAUAAAAUAUAUAUAUUAUAUAUGUAUAUAUAUAUAUAUAUAUAUAUAUUAUAAGCAAGCUUAACAA